AGCACGAGCCCGCCCACGAUGUGCCAGCGACGGUGAGCAUCGAUCCUAACUGGGAAGCUGAAGACCACUCCGCGUGGCGCGCCGUACGAGCCGUCACUCAUCACCGCCAUGGACACCCACUCGCCCUGCAAAGACGAAAGGAGAAGGCUCACUCUGCAGCAAGGGGAACGCGCAGUCCUGAAGCUCCAUGACAACGCCACCGAGGACUUCCAUCACCUGCGGACCGAUUCUGUCUCAUCCAGACCUUCAGGAAUACCGAAGACCACCAUGUUUGAGCGCCGACUCCUAUCUUCUACGUCAGGUCACGUUACACUGGGACAUCUAAUCAUCUACUGGUCAAGUGCGCCCAUCGAAAGAAAGUUCGAGGAGUGUCAGCCGUACAAGAAGAGUACGUGGAGGGCUUGAUUGGUCCGUACUUGAGGACUCCGUGACCAGCACGCAUCGCAAUGUCGAGCCGUUGGCUUUUCAUCGCCGGCGUAAGCGCCACGCUGAUUUCGUCAGCCUUGGCUCACUGCGUCCUCUACGGCCACUGCGGCAAGGACAAGUACACCGCGAGGCGUCUGCCAUGCGCCGUGGAGCGCGAUCCAGUCAACAUCGAAAGCACACUUCUCCAGAAGGCAUGUCCCGCGCUGCUCGACUCUGCGGGCGAGCCGGUGCCUGCCUGCUGCGACGCUAACCAGUCGGGAACCUUCAAAUCUCAGUUCGGCAAACUCGUCAAACUCGGCCUUGGCAGGGACAGCAAGUGCUUCCGCAACUUGCAGAACCUCGUCUGCCAGGCGUUCUGCUCGCCGAAGCAGUCCGAUUUCGUCACCGUCUUCGGCAACAGCGCCAAGGGGAAACGCGAGCCUACGGCCACAGAAAUUGUCUACGCCGUGGAAAGAAAUUUCGCCGAGGUAGUGUACGCUUCCUGCAAGGACGUCCGUACCCGAAUUUUCGGCAUCAAACUGCUGUACUACAUGUGCGGAAAGUACGGCUCCAGCAAAUGCUCACCUCAGCGCUUCCUCGACUUUCUGGGCGCCAGACCUUCAGAGGGAGGCCACUCGCCGCUCAAGAUCCGCUACGUAAUCACGGAGGCUCCUCUUAAGGUCAACGGCAAGACGCUGGAGCCCUUCAGAGCAGACGUCUUCUGAACGGGCCGGCGGAAGCUGGUGUUCGCUGCAGGUGACUGCACCGACUCUCAUUUAUGAAAUAAAUUGCGAAACUCGAAAGAGUCGCACCUGCUCCUAGUUAAUUUUCAAAUGCGACUCAUUUGUUUGUCUAGUCUGUGCCAAGGUGGAACGUUAGGCCGUUCCACCUUGGCUCAGAAUAGCUUAACGAUAAGGCACUCCCGUCGGCCCAUACGGCCGACUUUGACCCUCAACAGGUCUGGCGGAUUCAGUG